CUCAUUUGUUUGAAUUUUUAUGGUUUAUGUUUCGUUCAGAAUGUCAUCCUCGGAUUCUGAAGACGAUUGCUAUGGCAAUGCUGUAAAAACAUUACAUAGUUUAAAAAACAACUUUCAAGAGGAUAAACUGGAAAGUGCUAAAUUACUAGAUACUUCUACGGAUACACAAGAUGAGGACAAGAAAACUAGCCAAAACACACCCCAAACUACAGAACUAGACAACACUUUAGCAGACGACGAAGAAAUUGAUAAAAUAAUAGCAUUAAAUUCUACACGAACAACUAGAGCGACAAGGCUAUCUAAAAUAAAAGAAGACACAUCAUGUUCUGUCAAUACUGUCGAAACACCGACUCGAGGUAGAGGCAGAGGCAGAGGUAGAGGUAGAGGGCGAGGCAGGAAAAGGAACCGAGAGUCCUUGGACACUGCAGCUUCGAAUUCAUGUGCUACAACUUCUAAUUCCUGUGCUGCUACAACUAUGAAUUCGUGUGCUACUACUUCUAAUGCAUGUUUGACAACUAUCAAUGCACAUUCUAUGUCGGCGCCGCCAGUGAACCCAUGGACCCUGAGCCCCCGAGGUCGAAAUGCCCGCCGUCGAGGCGCCCGCAACAGAAGUGGCAGAAUUAGUAUUUUAGAUGCAUUCUUACAAACUUUUGCUAUUGGAAAUUGUGAGGAAUAUGAUGAUUUAUCUAAUAACGUUCAGUUGUUUAGCAAAAACACCACAACAAACAGUGCAGCGGAGGUGCAAGCUGUGGAAGAUGAUAUUUUUGAUGAAAACGAAGAAUUAUCUGUGAAAGUGAUCUGGCAAAGUGUAGACAUAGUUAAAUUCACAAUACGCAAGUACCAGAAGAUAUCUCAGAUAUUUGAAUAUUUUUCUGAAAAAAUAAAAUCGGGUGUAGAUAAAUUGCUUUUUACAUACAAUGAUAAAAUACUUAAGCCGGAUGAUACCCCGGAUUCAAUUAACUACAGCAUAGCUAAGUUUAUUGAUGGGGGUAUUGUUAGCAAUACCGUGCCACUUCUGACCUUACCUAACACAGACUCUAAGCCACCAGAUGGCAUUAAGGUCAAAUUUCAGUAUCCCAAUUCUAAGAAAGCAUUUGAGAUGUAUGUUUCGGAGGGUGAGCCACUGUCAGUGAGCAUGAUGAAAUGUGCUGAGCACAUGGAGGUGCCCAUAAAGAGACUGAAAUUUGAAUUUGAUGGGGAUUGCAUCACAGGUCAAAUGACAGCAAAAGAUUUAGACAUGGAGGGUGGUGAAUGCAUUGAUGUAAAAAUAAUUAGUUGAUUGGUAAAUUAAAUUUAAUAUUAACUUUUUGAAA